GGUGUGUUUAUGGUUAGCCGACACCAAGAGUGUGUUCUUCCAUGCUUUUGUUAAGAUAAGGGGACCACACAAGGAAGUCUUGCUAAACAGGAGGAUGCAUUUCUAGUAAUUCUCAACUUUAUUCAACCUCAACAAGUACGGAAGACUUAACAAAUAGGAAUAUUGGACAUUUGUUCUUGGAAUUCUCAGACGUUUGAAUAAGGAUGUUUCUUUCAAUUGUGGAUGUCUAUUGUAAGUGUCAAAGAACUGCGAUAAUCCAAACAUGUUAUCUGCAUUAAUACAUUUCUGAGGUGCUUAUCUAGUUGACUGAGAAUUUAUUUGCUAUUGUUUUGUUUCUUGGAAUACUGAAAAACGUUUGGACUCAAUUUGAACAAAAUUGAUUUAUUUUGACAUUCUUGAUCAAAUCAAACAUUCCUUUUCUACUUAGAGAAAGUUAAAUAUCAAUGCUACACCUGUUCUAUAAUUCACAUACCAUUUAUCUGAUUAAAUUGUAAAUAGGAAAAAUAGUGUGCAUUGGAAAGAAAGGAAAUUAAACAUUAGCAAUAUUGCCUAACAUUCAACCUGUAAGAUCUAAGUGGCGACCAGUGGGUGAAAGUGGUUAGAUAGUGAAGAUUAGAUAAGUGUUGGUCUCUGCCGGAGGGAUCUCUUCUGUACUCAUUAACCAUGACGACGGGUACAGGGGGCCCAGUGGCCUCGUUCUCUGUGUGGGACUAUGUGGUGUUUGUGGGGACAGUACUGGGGGCGGCCGGCAUCGGCCUGUUCCAAGCCAUCCGGGGCCGCAAGAACACCAGCAGCGAUGAGUUUCUGCUGGGGGGCCGUCAGAUGACAGCGGUGCCCGUCGCCAUGUCCCUCACUGCCAGCUUCAUGUCUGGCAUCACCGUGAUCGGCACUCCAGCAGAGGCCUAUCGGUUUGGGGCGACCUUCUGGAUAUUUGGCAUCUCCUAUGCCAUCAUGUCCAUCAUCACCGCUGAAAUCUUCGUCCCUCUCUUCUACCGCCUGGGCAUCACCAGCACCUACGAGUAUCUGGAGAUGCGUUUCAACAAGUUGAUUCGGGUGAUCGGGACCACCAUGUACAUCAUACAAACGGCCCUGUACACUGGUAUGGUCAUCUACGCCCCAGCUCUUGCUCUCAAUCAAAUCACAGGGCUGAACCUCUGGGGAGUGCUGGUGGCCACUGGGGUGGUGUGCAUCAUCUACUGCACCCUGGGAGGUCUGAAGGCGGUCAUAUGGACAGACGUGUUCCAGAUGGUGAUCAUGUUAGCAGGCUUCGUGGCCGUCAUCGCCAGGGGGGCUGUCAUCCAGGGAGGUCUGGGGAAGAUCUGGGAUGACUGUUACCAAGGAGGCAGGCUCAACCUUUUUGAUUUUGAUCCAGACCCUUUGAAGCGUCACACAUUCUGGACGAUCGUGGUUGGUGGCAGUGUGAUGUGGGCGUCCAUCUACUCCAUCAAUCAGUCACAGGUGCAGCGUUACAUCUCCUGCAAAACCCUAACUCAAGCCAAACUGUCACUGUAUGUGAAUAUGAUUGGUCUCUGGGUGACUGUGAGCUUAGCAGUGUUCUCCGGCCUCACCAUGUACUCCAUUUACAAGAACUGUGAUCCACUCACCAAUGGUGAUGUAGGGGCACUUGAUCAGCUGCUUCCAUACCUGGUAAUGGACAUCCUGGCAGCCUAUCCUGGAGUCCCUGGGUUGUUUGUUGCGGCAGCAUACAGUGGUACACUGAGUACUGUGUCCUCCAGCAUCAAUGCGCUGGUGGCUGUCACUGUGGAGGACUUCAUCAGGCCAAUGUACAAAAACCUGACAGAUAAACAGGUGACCUGGAUGAACAUGGGCCUCAGUGUUUUCUUCGGAUUUUUGUGCAUUGGGAUGGCUGCAAUAGCUUCACUGAUGGGGAGCAUUCUGCAGGCAGCCCUGUCCAUAUUUGGAAUGAUCAGUGGCCCUCUUCUUGGGCUUUACCUCUUAGGCAUGUUCUGGCGCACAGCAAACUCAACAGGGGGACUCACAGGGCUGAUUGUGGGCCUUGUUAUUACCCUGUGGGUGGGGAUUGGAGCUCAGAGAUACCCACCCUUAGCUGAUAAAACCAACCCCCUGCCAAUCAGUGUGGCAGGCUGUAACCGCACACAGGACCUGGACUACACCACCCUGGCCCCAUGGACCAGUGCAGUAACAAUGACCCCUCUGCCUGAUGACCGUCCGGCUCUGGCAGACUCUUGGUACUCCCUGUCCUACUUGUACUUCUGUCUUCUGGGCACUUUGGUGACUGUGAUCGUGGGCUUGGUGGUAAGCGCUAUCACAGGUGGCUGCAAGCAGGAAAAGCUAAGCUCAGAUCUCUUUGUAAGGAGAAGUGAUCUAUUCUGUGCUGGCUGUGGCAAGGACUCAGAGGCAUCAGAACCUGAGAUAAAUGAAAAGGCUGGGUCAGAGCUGAAUAAGGGAUCAAACAACGCUGGAUUCCAAGACCCUCAGUUUAACAUUGUGGAGAAGGAUGUGGAGAAGGUCACUAAAAUGUGAUGCUGCCACCAAGCUAAAUGCACUCUGUCAACUGGAGUUCUGCAAGAGAACGAUUUUUCCUCUUACCUUUCCAUUCUACUUUUAUUGUAAUGAAAUUCAUUACUAAGAGAAGGAACCCCAAGUGUGUAAUAAUGUAGGUUGAUACAGUUGAUCAACUAGCUAUCUAAAUCUUAUAGUUAUCAUAGCCAGAUUACUUGCCCAGGUGCCUCGACCCCCAGGGGGCCUCCAUUGAUUUUGUAGAGUCAUUAAAGUAUCAUAUGAACACACAUAAGACAUGGCGAAAUGUGUAGAAUUGCAGGAAAUGAGCUUUAAAACUGUAAAAUGUUCUCUAAACCAACAAGAGGGGUGUGAAUAGUUUAGGAUCCCAUGUGUUGUGAGGUGGUUUGUUACUAUCUCAAUAAAUGACCGUAUCCAUCCAGCCACCAGACCUUCUCAAAUAGUAGCUGAGCAUCCCUGAUCUAGGCCAUGGAAGGGUACUGCAAUGUAAAGCAAUAUUUUAAUGUAUACAGCACAUGUUGUAAGGUAGGACUUUUCAACCAUGUGUUAAGAUAAAACAAUAUAUAAUAAUGUAAAUCUAACUUAAUUGUCAGUAGAAAUAAGCAUAUGCAGUUCAUAUGUAAUCAUAUUUAUUUUGUGUUUACAGCACUUUAGGCUGAUAUGAGACAUUUUACAGUAUGUAAUAUUAAUUUUGUGGAUAUAAAGAUUGUGCUGAAAUGCGUA